UUCGAUCAAGUCCCAAACGAAAACUCUAUUCUCUCGCUGCUGCUUUGCUGCACUGCCUUCGCGGGCGAUGCAACGCUUUUCCCUUCGAGGCCCUCGGCUUCCCAAGGAUCCCAAAAGCUUCUGCCACUCUCUCUCUCUUCUUUGUACCCUGUAUAUAGCAAUAUCCCCGUGUACCCUUUUCUUGCCUCUCGCCGCUCUUUCACGAAAUUUCCGGAACGCUUCCACAAACCACGGAUUCACGGUUAUACCGAAUCCUUCGUUUUGUGUUUGCUCAAGAAAUUUGGACUAAUAGCAAAAGCGACAAGACAUCAGAAACACCGAAACCAAAACAUAUCAAAACCAAAAUCCAACUUAUGAGCCGAACCGUUGACUUCCUCUCGGACUCACUAAUAGGUAUCACUUAUCGGGCCAACCCGACGUCUAUGCCCAGGUCAUAUCUCAUUGCGCGGCCCGAUACUCGGCGCUCUUGUCCACGCUACUUCUCCCCUUCAGCUAGACGCUAGUGCACGCGAUACAUAAUUAGCGCAUUCGCCUCCUGCCCUCACGUACGUCAUAAAGGCUCCUGACUUCCACCUCCCCGCCCUCUGAGUCUGAACAACCGAUGCGUCCUGCUUUGCUAGUUGCGUCGCACCACCUAUCCUCCCUGAAUGCAGCGCGAAGUGCGUUGGGUCUUCUCCUACUCUUCUUCUCGCCAUGUCUCUCAGCACUGUCGUUGCUUCCGACCUCGACACUACUGCCCGCCGUCCCUGCUUGACCGACUGCAUGAGCGGCGCGCUACUUCCUAACUCUGGGUUCACGUCAAGCAGAUCCAGCAAAAUCUCUAGCGCCCCCACCUUCUCAGCUAUCUGUUCCCCUUCCUCGUCCCGCACUACUCUCUCUGUCGUCACUCCCGCGCCUCGCCUCUAUUGGUCCCCUUUCGACGCGCGAAAGGUCACUUCUACUCUGUCUGCCCGCGUUCUUUCGUUCCACGCUAGCUGACACGCUCAUUCGAAGAAUACGAGGUUCCCUCUCGUGAGACAAAAAUCGGCGUGUACUAAGCCGUUCUGGUAGGCCCACAGCUCAGACGCUCGGCACAGCAAGAAAUAUGAGAGAGCGAUCCCCAUCCACGUCAUAAGUCCGAAAGCAUUCGUCUGCACUAUUUCUCUCCCAGCAAUAAUCAUCGGCAAGGUGAGCGGUUGCCUUACCAACGGUUUCGUCUCUGCCCUCGCAUGCAGUCUGUCUAUUGCGUUCCCAACAGCUACCAUUCUGAAGUGAGACGUGGGCAGCUCCCAGCCUGCGUACAGUUUAUGGAAGUACUUGAUAGCCACGAGGUACCCCUUCACCGUUUGGCUCUGGUUCUUGUACACUACCUCGACGCCAUGAACACAGUCAGCUCUCUCACUGCGCUAUCUACACCGUCUUCUUCGUACAACCAUGGUUUCAGAUUCGCUUUAGCUCUUUCAGCUGUCCGUGUGUCCCACAUGCUGUGGUAUCCCUUCAGCCUGCUCGCGUUGAGGGAGCCGUGCUCCAUUAUCCUGAGGAGCCUUUCGCCUUCAUCACUCGUUCCCUUCUUCCCGUGUUCGCUUCCUGCGCUUGAACACGUUAGAGUCAUCACACCUUUUUUAGUUCUUUUGCUGAUCAUUCUCUCAUCACUUAUUCUCUUUACACGCUUGCCAUGCGGCUCCAUACGAGGCCAUCCAUUCUUUGGUUCGGGAGUUUCUCCUGCAUAUCAUUUCAACUAGUUCUCGUCCGUUGUCUCCGAUGUCUUGCAUUCGCCAGUUAUCGUCAUGCGUGAGUCUUUCCACGUUGACUUCUACGUCCUCUGACUUCCAUCUAGAUAUCCCGUCCGCGAGGGUAUCCUCGCGUCCCGGGAUGUGUUCCGCCACGUGACACCAUCCGUUUUCAAUCUCCAUACGACCAAGCAGUCUCAUGAGUAGUCCCGCUCGCCUAUCUCUCGAGCCCCCGCAUCUGUUUACCCAUGACACCGCCGACACGUUGUCUCCCCUCAUCAUGGUAGCUUGUCCGGGUUGCGUCGGCUUUUCUCCCACGACCAUUUGGACUACCCAGCAUGUAAUUAUCAUUCCGAGCGAUUAUAGCGUGUUGAUCGUGAUCGCGCUGGUUUCUUUGGCUUCUGCUUUCCUUUUCAGCUCCGCGGUAAACGCGUGUUUAAAUCGAUACCGCCAGAACACUGUUAGUUCGGGACAGUGUCCGCCAACCGCGUCGAAGCUAGCAUCCGAUAGGUAGUGACGGACAGGCGUGCGUUGGACGUGGUUAAUGAAAAACGCGCUAAGUGACUCUCCUUUCUCCGCGAGUUUAUCUUCCAGCGCCCAUCUCCAGAAAUCUAGGUCUCCGUGGAACUCCCAACCAAGACGUACCUGCCGCUUUUCUCUCGACUGUCUGUUAGUCUUGUCGUGUAGGCCGGUGGGGCGUAAGAGGUGCCAUACGAAAUAUUUCCCCGCCCUCAUGACGCACGUCAGGUUCCAGAGUUUUCCCGCCAUACUCAGGACAUCUUGCACAUGGCGAGUUCUCUGGUCUGUGGCCAAUCGCUCUCUAGCGCGGUCCUUCUCGCGUCGAUCCUCUCACGUGUUGUCGCGAUCGUCAUUAUUUUAUGGGUGUCUAUCGUGUGUCCGAGAAAGUCCACUUUCGUGUUCCAGUCUGUGCUUUUCUUCGGGGCGAGAAUGGGCGUUUAGCCCGGCUCUGCUGGCCCGAAGAGUCUCACACAGUCAGACGUUAAUGACGCGGAGGCUACCAGCGCUGAUGCGUCGUCUGGCGCAUGUUGUACGUUCAGUAAAGCGAAGUCGUCUACGUGCACCCCACACGAGAAAUCAUCGUGUGGUCCGCCUCCGUCAUGCGGUUUCACGUUGGCAUCUCGGGGCACUCGGGCGGGUUGUCCGUCUAACCACGGCUCGACUAUUAUCACAAGUGACAUCAUUUCGAUCCCUUCGUCUACUAGUUAUACGUUGUGUACGUUGGUGUUGCGGUGUGAGUGUUCAGCAGCCCACGCCAUGACUCCCCCAAAACCGGGCGAACCUGCCCAUCCAAGCGUUAGUCUGAAGUCGGCGACUAGCACGUCUCCUAUCACAUAGCAGAAUUUUCGUGCAUCGUCUGGCGCAACUCUCACGUUUCGGUAAGCGUUGUUCACGUCCGCCGUGGACACUAGUAUCCUCUUGUCAGGCCAUUUGACUCUCAAGCGCGAUAUUUCAGAAAGUAAAGCCGGUGGAGUCUCUACGCACAAACAGUCGGGUACUUCUUCCGUUACCGUAUCGACGUUGAUUCCUACCUUCUGUCCGCGCAGCAGCUUGGGGUCAAAAGAAAAAUCAUUGAUGAUUCUGUUUUUUUUGUCCUACCACUGCUCCUAGCGGCGAUACGCGAACGCCCUUCAUGCAAGUUGCGUCCGCUACGUUGAAAAGGCAUCUGUUCUGUUCGACGUCGUCUAUCAGCUUCUUCCACACCAGUUCCGUGUGAGGGUCUAUCGUACUGUGAUUCCCGUAUCGCAGAGCGCUCUCGAGGUUCGGCGGGCUGUCGUGCGUUUUCGCUGGCACACCGUUGUCUACAAUGUCUAUGAGAUUCGUGAAGUCUGGGAAACGUUUUUGGUUCAGAAGUGUUGUUCGAGGUCGCUCAGGUUUAGCGGCGGUGACACCAAGGUGCCGCCGAUUGCCCUCGCGACAUCUCCCAACUUUCCGUCGUUCGUUUUCAGAAGCAUGCUACCAGUCGUGGCAAGUUCGUGAAUGAUAUCCUGUUUUUCGUCACGUCGUGUGCCACGUGCGAGGCAUUCCUUUUGUUCUUUCCACAUUUCAGCCAGUAGCUUCCCAUAAGGAGGUAGCAAGGCUGCCGACCCGUCACUAUUCGUGUCCCUCUUCCCGUAGGGGUCUUUGUCUCCAAUACACGUUUUGUGUCGAGCACCCUUGCGAUCUUCUCCCUCGUGCGAGGGGUCUGCUUCUUCCUUGUUACGGAGGUCUUCUCCAGUUUUCGCACUGGGUCUUUCUCUAUCUUUGUCUCCAAUACACGUUUUGUGUCGAGCACCCUUGCGAUCUUCUCCCUCGUGCGAGGGGUCUGCUUCUUCCUUGUUACGGAGGUCUUCUCCAGUUUUCGCACUGGGUCUUUCUCUAUCUUUGUCUCCAAUACACGUAUGUGGUCUGGCACUCUUGCGUUCUUCUCCCUGGUGCGAGGGGUCCGUUUCUCCCUUGUUACAGGGGUCUUCUCUAGUGUUCCCACUAGGUCCUUCUCUGUCUUUGUCUCCAGUACACGUAUGUGGUCUAGCACUCUUACGAUCUUCUCCCUGGUGCGAGGGGUCUGCUUCUCCCUUGUUUCAGGGGUCUUGUCCAGCGUUCACGCCGGGUCUAUUCUCUCUUCUCCCGUGAUACGGGGGCCUUUAUCUCUCACUUGUUCAAAUCUAGCACACGGUUGUCCUCCUUGGUCAGAGGGAUCCAUUAGCGCAGAUUCUGCAGUAAUUUCAUGUUCAUCACUAUUGGUGCGUGAAUUACUUUGGCUGGUACUUCUAAGAGUACACGGUUGUUCUACUCCUUGGUGAGGUUGGUCUAUCAACUCUGGCUCUGCAGUAAUUUCAUGUUCCUCAUUAUUGGUACUUGAUUUACUCGGGCGGUCACCGUGGAACACGUUCGGUGCCACAAACCCGGGAAGAGGCGCUUCAGUUAGCGCCACGGUCCUGCUCCUGUCCACAAAAGCUGCUACCGUGGUGUCACCUGCCCCCCUCAGCCGCGUUGGCCCCACCUCUGGAUGGGGCCCGUGAUGUCAGGAGUUGGUUCCUGCUGCUCCGUGUGGCCUGUAGUUGUUGCUGUAACGGGCGACCACGGGGCGUGAUGCGGCGGGGGCGGGGCGGGGGCGGGGGCAGGAGCAAGGGCGGUCGCGGGGGCGGGGGCCCGGGCUGGCGCUGUGGGCGGCGGACCGGGCGGCGGACCGGGGGGGGCGACGCUGGGGUGAACCUGUACGUGGUUGAGGGUGCAGUGCGGGCGGUUGCACUUUUGCCCUUUCCAGUGGGAGUGACACGCGCGGUGGGGGGUUCCCCACGUGAGGAGGUCCUGCUGGAACGAGGACAGUGUCGCCACCGCGUGUUGGUUGGCGACGGGUGCGGCGGUUAUCCGCCGGCGGGAUGCUGUAUGUCCGCUCGUGGCGCUGCUCGCUGACGCUUUCCCCUUCUAUGGCUGCGGGAGCCCGGCCAGGGCGUUGUUAAGCAUUCCGACGAUGGCGUUGGCGCUGCCUUCCGCGGUGAGACCGCGCAGCCGCGAAAACGCGGGGGGGGGGACGGGAUGCCCAUCGGCAUCUGCCGGCGGGGAGAUGCCGUGGUCGGCGCGGGUGGCGACGCUUAGGUCUGAGAUGUUCCCGAGAUACUCGUUGAUGUCGGUGUUGGUGUCGGCGAUCAGGCGCGUCUUCAUCGCUGCUUCUUGACCCGUGAUCUCUGCCGAAUGAAGGCUGAGUUAGUCCCGGGCGUUGGACACAAUGCGGCUGACUUCGGCGUUCAACUGUAGCCUGCGACCGGUCGAUGGUUCACUUGCGGCGUGUGUGCCAUGGUCCAACACGGCGAAGAAUGUUUUCACGAGCGCCUCGAGGUGAACGAUGAAGUCGCGUGGCGGCGGGGUCCACCCCGUAGGGAGGGCUAAUCGAUCAUUUCGGCGUCGGGAUAGGCCACUUUGCGCAGCAGCUGGGCAAUUGCGUUCUUUGACAGCGUGGUGCAAACGAACCUCCCGCCGCGCAGCAGAAGCAGCGUCGCCGCGGACUCGUCUCCCCAUGCCUUCGUAUCGCGGCGAAACCUUCUUUCUGUACAUGAAUGUUGAGGGCCUGGUUCGACACGUCAAUGUUUUGGCCCAGAGCUUGCGCUUGCUGGGGCUGUAGCACGAGCUGGCCACCUAGAGGGAGUUUGAUGGGCUGGGGCUGACCUUGCUGCUGGAGACCGCCAGGGGGGAGGUGGCCAGGCUGCUGUUGCUGUUGCUGUUGCUGGUGCUGGUCCUGCGGGUGUUGCUGGUGCUGGUGCUGCUGCUGCUGCUGCAUCCUGAGCUCCAGGUUGCCGAGUCGGUCGUUUUGCUCUUUACGCAGUACAGACAUCUGCAGCAGUAGCUGGACAGGGUUGAUGGGGGGAGGUGGGCCUCCCAGCCCGGCUGGCGCGGCUCCGCCCGCGUUCUGGUCUCCUCCCCCUGCUGCCGGAGGCGCGUUAUUGUGUCCCGCCGCCUGUUGGUUUCCGGUCGCCCCUGCUGGCUGGUUUCCCGCUGCUAUUGUUGCCUGUCCGCCACCAUGGGGAGCUGCCGCUCCUGCUCCUGCUCCGCCACCGCUGUUCUGUUGUUAGUUAGCUGCGGGCGGUGGUCCACCGGGAGGCGGCGGUGGAGGCUGUGGAGGUUGCGCUGGCUGCGCUGGCUGCGGCUGCUGGGGGGACCCUG